AUGACGCUGGACCAGCAGGUACUCAGAAGCCAAAGCCAGGCUGGCGACAUACCUUCCAGUCCUGCAACUACUGUCAGCAAUGACAUCACGAGUGAUGGAGGGUCUACCACCAGUCUUUCCAAACAUGAUAGAUCCUCGGAUAUUGAAGAAGAGUCAGUGGAUGGUUCAGUGAAUGAAGGAGCGUCAAUGAGCCAAACAGAUCCCGCCUCGAAUGAAGAUGCAGAUCUAACAAAGUUCACCUUAAAGAGUCUUUUGUUAGGUGAGGAACUCAAGAGGCUCCAAGUCUGGAAAACAUCCUUUUCCAACGACGAGCUGGAUAGACUACCUACUAUCGACCACGAAGUCGCACAGAGUGUACUGAAAUGCUUGACGAACGUAGCCAACAUACUGAUUGAAGGGUCAAAGGAAUGGCGAAUCAGAUCGGAGCCAGAUGAUCUUAAGACUGAAGGGGUAUUUCUAGAGAGUCUACUGGAAGAGAUUGAGACAAAGGCAUCGGAAUCCAAUGUCGAAAACGAGGCAAUGACGGAUUGUAGUGGUAUUUCAGAGUCAGAUGAAUCUUACCUGACCAUUGGGAAUCCAAGCUUGAUCAAAGAUCUUAAAUAUGAGAUCGACAGACUUCAAAUGCUUUCUCACUCUUUGCGCCUUGGAAUGAGGACCGGAGUCAUAUUUACGAAUAGCUGA